UCCCCUUUUUUGUUAAUUAACGACCAAACUCCUACAACAACAACAACAACAACCAAUAGCAAGAAGAAGAAAAAAAGUCAAAUCAGUUGAUAUCUAUAUCAUUAAUGGAGGCGAUAAGCUUAUUGGGUCGGCUGAGGAAGGCGGUGAAGAAGAUUAAAUUCAUGAUGAAUUUUAGCAUUCAAAGAUGGCGGUUAGCGGCGAUGUUAGGCCGGACUUCGUCCAGAAAUCUCCGCCUUAGCUUCAACGAACGUCCAGGAUUAAAGGCAGCUUGUUCCGAAGAUAUUAUUAUGGAAGAAGAGCCGGUUUCUUCUUCAUCUCGUGGGCUUCAAAGAACCACCAGCUACGCUUCUGAAGAUGACGUGGACUCCCGUGCGGAGGCUUUCAUUGCUAAUUUCUAUCGCCAGCUCAGAAUCGAACGCCAGGUGUCACUUGAGCUUCAAUAUUGCCGUCGAAAUAGUUUUGAUUAAUCGUCGAUAUAAUCCCACCUGUGUAUUCUCCAAUUUGGUGAGGCAGAUUCAAUUCAAUUAGUUCAAGAAGAUUUGAAUUUGAAGA